UUCGGGCCGCCGCCAGAGCCGGGCCGCGCGAUGGGCAGCCGCGGGCAGCCGCUGCCGCGCCGAGGGGGCUCCCGCGGGGCCGCCGGGCGCUCGGGUACCGAGGGGUAGCGGCAGAGCUCGCCGCGGGACGCGCCGCCGCCUCGCUGCUCUGCGCGGAGGCUCGGGAGAGCGUGUGCGCCCGGAGGACAGCACAAUAGCCGGGAGGAGGAGGAGACAGGGAAAGGGGCAGGGGGAAAGGAGGAGAGAGAAAGAGAAAGCACAACACGGGGGCUGGCGAGGGGAGGACGGAGCGGAGGACUCCUGAGCGUGGCUGCGCUGAGGGCCGUGCCCAGGACGGCGGCGGCAGCAGGAGGUGGGUGGGGGGCGAUAUUUACCUUCCCUCCCCCGCCCCGAGCCUGCUCCUUUGUCCACCCACUUUGAAGUGCUCUGGGAUCGCCGGGGUGGGAGCGUUGUUGUUCGCUAGCAAAAGAUCAGUCAUGCCGGCGAGAGAGUAGCGAGUGUACGGGGGGCUGGGGCCGGCAAAAGCUGAAGGAGACGGGGAGGAGAGACUGCUCCGAAGAUUGCCGUUUGCCUCCCAGCUUCCCUGCAUGGACCGUGAAAGAGACGCAUUGAGUUGACCCUGCCGGAGCUGUUUCUGCUUCUACUGUGAGAUCCGGUUGGUUUAUUCUCUCCACCUCUCUCUCUCCAGCCUCCUUCCCGUAUUCUCCACUUACUCCUGUAUGCAAAAUGGUGGACCCUGUGGGGUUUGUGGAGGCUUGGAAAGCACAGUUUGCAGACUCUGAGCCUCCUAAAAUGGAGCUGAAAUCUGUGGGAGACAUUGAACAGGAGCUGGAGAUGUGCAAAGCAUCUAUCCGGAGACUGGAGAUGGAGGUCAACAAGGAGAGGUUCCGCAUGAUUUACCUGCAGACUCUUCUGGCAAAGGAGAAAAAAAGCUAUGAUAGACAGAGGUGGGGUUUUAAACGUGUUUCUCAGUUGCCUGAAGGGGGUGCAGAGCAGCACAUCCAAGACCUGCAUCAUCACCAGUCUGCUGACCAAGACGAAUAUGAAAAAGGCAAGUCACACCACGGGGAGGAAAAGUUCAAACCCAGGAUACCCUCUCUGCGGAAGCUGUCUACCCAGAGUGACGGGUCAGACCUGUCGCCUUUGGACAGCCCCCAUCAUGGAGAGGGAGAGCAGGACAGGUGUAAGUACUACGGUGAAGAAAAACUGAAGAGAGUUGUAGAAGAUACAGAGAAUCGCUGUGAUACAGAUGGCUCUCCUUCAAAACACAGAUCGGCUUCCACUCGCAGGCUAGUGGGAUCUGCUGAGAAAGAGGGAUCAUUUGAACCUAUUUCUAAGGAGAGAGGGAACAGCACCAGUGUGGCAGCCCUAAGGUCCAAUUUUGAGAGGAUUAAAAAGGUUAACUCACAUUCUUCUGGAGAUAAUAAGGAUGUUGUUGAAAAGCCCUUUUAUGUGAAUAUGGAGUAUCAUCAUGAGAAGGGUCUAGUAAAGGUCAACGAUAAAGAUGUUUCCGAUAAAAUAAGCUCCCUUGGUAGCCAAGCCAUGCAAAUGGAACGCAAAAAGUCUUUGCACUCCCUCCCUUCUAACAUGGUACCCAGCUUCAGCGAGUUCCAGAGGCCUGCUUACAGGGGAAGGUCCUCGGAGAGCAGCUUUGGCUAUGAUGGAGAAUUUGAGGAUGCUGAACUGAACCCCAGAUUUCUCAAAGAUAACCUGAUUAAUGCCAAUGGCAGCAACCGCUCACCUUGGCAGCCCAUGGACUUUCAACCCUAUCAAAGUAUCUAUGUUGGUGGAAUGAUGGGGGAAGGAGAAGGGAAAGGGCCUAUUCUGCGAAAUCAGGGCACAACUGACCAGGAAAAACAUCUCACGUGGCCCAGGAGAUCCUACUCCCCCAGGAGUUUUGAAGAUAUUGGAGGAGGAUAUACUCCUGAUUGUAGCUCUAAUGAGAACCUUACCUCCAGUGAGGAAGACUUCUCCUCAGGGCAGUCCAGCCAUGUUUCCCCCAGCCCCACUACUUACCGCAUGUAUCGGGAUAAAAGCCGUUCUCCCUCCCAGAACUCUCAGCAGUCCUUUGACAGCAGCAGUCCACCAACCCCCCAGUCUCAAAAACGGCACAGGCAGCAGCAGGUCAUUGUGUCUGAGGCUACUAUUGUGGGUGUACGAAAAACAGGACAAAUCUGGCCAAGUGAUGGAGAUUUGCCUUCUGGGAGAUGUCACCAGGACAGCUGCUUCCAUGGGGAUACAGAUGCUUCAUUCAGUGGCACACCACCUAGCUAUGCGUAUGAUGCAGACCGUGCUGAAGAACAGAGGCGACAUCAUGAUAUGAUGCCCUAUAUUGAUGACUCACCAUCAUCCUCACCCCAUCUCAGUUCCAAGAGUCGGGGCAGCCGAGACACCCUAUCUUCAGGGUCUCUGGAAUCUACAAAAUCAAGUGAGCCAGACCUGGAGAAAGGCCUGGAGAUGAGAAAAUGGGUCCUGUCAGGAAUCCUAGCCAGUGAGGAAACCUACCUGAGCCACCUGGAGGCUCUGCUGCUGCCUAUGAAGCCUUUGAAAGCAGCUGCCACCACCUCUCAGCCUGUGCUGACUAGUCAGCAGAUUGAGACAAUAUUCUUCAAAGUGCCUGAGCUCUAUGAGAUCCAUAAAGAAUUCUAUGAUGGGCUCUUUCCCCGAGUGCAGCAGUGGAGUCACCAGCAACGUGUAGGGGACCUCUUCCAAAAGUUGGCCAGCCAGCUGGGAGUGUACCGGGCCUUUGUGGAUAACUAUGAAGUUGCUAUGGAGACAGCAGAGAAAUGCUGCCAAGCCAAUGCUCAGUUUGCUGAAAUCUCUGAGAAUCUAAAGGCUAGAAGCACAAAGGAAUCUAAAGAUCAGACGACGAAAAAUUCCUUGGAAACUCUGUUAUACAAGCCAGUGGAUCGAGUGACUCGCAGCACACUUGUCCUGCAUGAUUUGCUCAAGCACACUCCAGUGAGCCACCCUGAUCAUCCACUCCUGCAGGAUGCUCUACGGAUCUCACAGAACUUCCUCUCCAGCAUCAAUGAGGAGAUCACUCCUCGUCGGCAGUCCAUGACUGUAAAGAAGGGGGAGCACCGGCAGCUGCUGAAGGACAGUUUCAUGGUGGAGCUGGUUGAGGGGGCUCGGAAGCUACGUCAUGUCUUUCUUUUUACUGAUCUGUUCCUGUGUGCCAAGCUCAAGAAGCAGAUUGGAGGUAAAAGCCAACAAUAUGACUGCAAAUGGUACAUCCCACUCACUGACCUUAGUUUCCAAAUGGUGGAUGAGUCUGAGGCAGUGCCCAAUAUCCCACUGGUACCUGAUGAGGAACUGGAUGCCAUGAAGAUCAAGAUAUCCCAGAUCAAGAAUGAUAUCCAGCGUGAAAAGAGGGCCAAUAAAGGCAGCAAGGUCAUUGAGAGGUUGAAAAAGAAGCUCUCAGAGCAGGAAUCCCUCCUACUGCUGAUGUCUCCCAACAUGGCCUUCCGUGUACACAAUCGCAAUGGCAAGAGUUACACGUUCCUCAUUUCAUCGGACUAUGAAAGGGCAGAAUGGAGGGAGAACAUCCGGGAGCAGCAGAAGAAAUGCUUUAAAAGCUUCUCACUCACAUCGGUGGAGCUCCAGAUGCUGACAAACUCCUGUGUGAAGCUUCAGACAGUCCACAACAUUCCCCUCACUAUCAAUAAGGAAGAUGAUGAAUCCCCAGGUCUCUAUGGAUUCCUGAAUGUCAUUGUCCACUCUGCCACAGGAUUCAAGCAAAGUUCAAAUUUGUACUGCACAUUAGAGGUGGAUUCUUUUGGGUAUUUUGUGAACAAGGCUAAAACUAGAGUUUACAGAGACACCACGGAGCCCAACUGGAAUGAGGAGUUUGAGAUUGAGCUGGAAGGCUCACAAACUCUGCGGAUUCUGUGCUAUGAAAAGUGCUACAACAAAACCAAGCUCACCAAAGAGGAUGGAGAGAGCACAGAUCGCAUAAUGGGGAAAGGACAGAUCCAGCUGGACCCGCAGGCGUUGCAGGACAAAGAUUGGCAGCGCACAGUCAUCUCAAUGAAUGGAGUUGAAGUGAAGCUGUCGGUGAAGUUUACCAGUCGGGAGUUUAGCCUGAAAAGGAUGCCGUCCCGAAAACAGACUGGGGUUUUUGGGGUCAAGAUCGCUAUUGUCACCAAGAGAGAGAGGUCGAAGGUGCCUUACAUAGUGCGCCAGUGUGUGGAGGAGAUAGAGCGGCGUGGAAUGGAGGAGGUGGGCAUCUACCGCGUCUCUGGGGUUGCAACCGAUAUCCAGGCUUUGAAAGCUGCCUUUGAUGUCAAUAACAAAGACGUGUCAGUGAUGAUGAGCGAGAUGGACGUUAAUGCCAUUGCAGGCACCUUGAAACUGUACUUCCGGGAACUGCCUGAACCCCUCUUUACGGACGAACUGUACCCCAACUUUGCUGAGGGCAUUGCACUUUCAGAUCCUGUUGCAAAGGAGAGCUGUAUGUUGAAUCUAUUGUUAUCGCUUCCAGAACCCAACCUUGUGACAUUCCUUUUCCUUUUGGACCAUUUAAAAAGGGUUGCUGAGAGGGAAAGCGUUAACAAGAUGUCCCUGCACAAUCUUGCAACUGUCUUUGGACCAACACUCCUCAGACCUUCAGAGAAGGACAGUAAAAUCCCUGCUAACCCAACCCAGCCUAUCACAAUGACUGAUAGUUGGUCACUAGAAGUCAUGUCCCAGGUUCAAGUUCUUCUGUACUUCCUGCAGCUAGAGACUAUCCCUACCCCAGACAGCAAGAGGCAAAGCAUUCUCUUUUCCACAGAGGUGUAGGUGCCUGUGAUACCAACAGGACACAAAAACCUGCUCUUGGCAUAAAUCUGCCGCACCUGAGAAAAAGAAGUCUGGCGUUUCUUCAGACAUGACUGGCCUGUUCCUAUCCUGGGGAAUUAUGGCCCUCAGUGCUUCUGCUGUUUGUUAACCAGAGACAAGCUGAAGAGAAAGGAGAAAAAUCUCUACUCUUGAUUGGCAGGACCAGAACUGAACUGGAGAUGGAGCUGUGCAGAAUCUCCACUAGAAGGAGCAAUAGACACUUGAACAAAUGCACCACAGAGUGUGGCUGUUAUUCUUGUUGGGAAUGUGACAGAAGGUAUUCCUCAUUUUAUGGAUUUAAUUUAUCAUAAAGAAACUUCAAGAUUUCUACUGGACCACUUGAUAGGAUACCCCUUUUUGGGUGAGGGGGUGUUGAAGGAUAUAUCACAACUGUGUCUUUAAUACUGCUGUUUUUAAAGUACUGUUCUAGGCCACAAAAAUAGCAUUGCUUUGCCAGAGGAGAGGAGAAGGGAAGGGUCUGGUAUCUAAGAUUCCCUCCUCAGAAAUUCAAGUCUUGAUUUGAACAGGGUUCUAAAGAAAUGAAACAGUUUUGCGUACAACUAGGACUGUUGGGGUUUUGGGGGGUUUGAGGUUUGUUGUUUGUUUUUUGUUUGGUUUUUUUUUUUUUUGUCUCGCCCAACCCUUCCCUUGCAAAUGUUUAUACAACUGUAGGGAAGGAGAUGCUCUCCUCUUGCCUAUGUUGCACUUCUGAUGGGUUUUUUUGGGGUUAAAGGAGCCAGACCCAAUGAUGUUACACUAUAAAUAAAUAUAGCAAAUUAAAGAGAGGCAGGGAGGAUGAGUCAGUGAUUCUGUUUGUGAUUCUGUUGUUUGUUUGCAUAUAAAAGCAGGGGCAAUAUUAUCCAGGCAGAAUUGCUGAAUUCCUUAGACACCACCAAACUUAAUGAAAAUUAAUUGGGAAGACUGUUAAUUCCGAACACUCCAAAGAAAAGAUGUUAUCACUGCAAAAAUAAUUAAAGCAUUUGUGGACAAAAA